CCCACAUAGGCAGGAAUGUGGACAAGAAAUCAGUGUGGAGUUGGCCAAACAGAUGUAAAUAAAGAAUGGAAUGACAGCCAGGCAGAAGGAGGGGAGGUGGGGGCAGGCGGUGAUGAUGUCACAGUUGGUGGAAUGUUCAGCCUGCACAGUUCCUUCUCCCUGGAGUCUGUAUUGGUGAGUCCCCAAAUGGCCGAGGAAUCCUGUAAAUGUAAUGGCUGGAAAAACCCCAACCCCUCUCCCACUCCCCCCAGAGCCGAUCUGCAGCAGAUCAUUGUCAGUCUCACGGAAUCCUGCAGGAGUUGUAGCCAUGCCCUAGCUGCUCAUGUUUCCCACCUGGAGAAUGUGUCAGAGGAAGAAAUGAACAGACUCCUGGGAAUAGUGUUGGAUGUGGAAUAUCUCUUUACCUGCGUCCACAAGGAGGAAGAUGCAGAUACCAAACAAGUUUAUUUCUAUCUAUUCAAGCUCUUGAGAAAAUCUAUUUUACAAAGAGGAAAACCUGUGGUUGAAGGCUCUUUGGAGAAGAAGCCUCCAUUUGAAAAACCUAGUAUUGAGCAGGGGGUGAAUAACUUUGUACAGUACAAAUUUAGUCACCUACCAUCAAAAGAAAGGCAAACAAUUGUUGAGUUGGCCAAAAUGUUCCUAAACCGCAUCAACUAUUGGCAUCUGGAGGCUCCAUCUCAACGUCGACUGCGAUCUCCCAACGAUGAUAUUUCUGGAUACAAAGAGAACUACACAAGGUGGCUGUGUUACUGCAAUGUGCCACAGUUCUGUGACAGUCUACCUCGGUAUGAAACCACCCAGGUGUUCGGGAGAACAUUGCUUCGCUCAGUCUUCACUGUCAUGAGGCGACAGCUCCUGGAACAAGCAAGACAGGAAAAAGACAAACUGCCUCUUGAGAAACGAACUCUAAUCCUCACCCAUUUCCCAAAGUUUUUGUCCAUGUUAGAGGAAGAAGUUUAUAGUCAAAACUCUCCUAUCUGGGAUCAGGAUUUUCUAUCAGCCUCUUCCAGAACCAGCCAGCUAGGAAUCCAAACAGUUAUCAAUCCACCUCCUGUGGCUGGGACAGUUUCAUACAAUUCAAACUCAUCUUCUCUUGAGCAGCCAAAUGGAGGGAGCACCAGUCCUGCUUGCAAAGCCUCUUCUGGGCUUGAGGCAAACCCAGGAGAAAAGAGGAAAAUGAAUGACUCUCACGUUCUGGAGGAGGCCAAGAGACCCCGAGUUAUGGGGGAUAUUCCUAUGGAAUUGAUCAAUGAGGUCAUGUCUACCAUCACAGACCCUGCAGCGAUGCUUGGACCAGAGACCAAUUUUUUGUCAGCACAUUCGGCUAGGGACGAGGCAGCAAGGCUGGAAGAACGGAGAGGUGUAAUCGAGUUUCAUGUGAUCGGCAAUUCCCUGAACCAGAAACCAAACAAGAAGAUCCUGAUGUGGCUGGUUGGCCUACAGAAUGUGUUCUCCCAUCAGCUGCCCCGAAUGCCAAAAGAAUACAUCACACGGCUUGUCUUUGACCCGAAACACAAAACCCUUGCUUUAAUUAAAGAUGGCCGUGUUAUUGGUGGUAUCUGUUUCCGUAUGUUCCCAUCCCAAGGAUUCACAGAGAUUGUUUUCUGUGCUGUAACCUCAAAUGAGCAAGUCAAGGGCUAUGGAACACAUCUGAUGAAUCAUUUGAAAGAAUAUCAUAUAAAACAUGACAUCCUGAACUUCCUCACAUAUGCAGAUGAAUAUGCAAUCGGAUACUUCAAGAAACAGGGUUUUUCCAAAGAAAUUAAAAUACCUAAAACCAAAUACGUGGGCUACAUCAAGGAUUAUGAAGGCGCCACUUUGAUGGGAUGUGAGCUAAAUCCCCGAAUUCCAUACACAGAAUUUUCUGUCAUUAUUAAAAAGCAGAAGGAGAUAAUUAAAAAGCUGAUAGAACGAAAACAGGCCCAGAUUCGUAAAGUCUACCCUGGACUUUCCUGUUUUAAAGAUGGAGUUCGACAGAUUCCUAUAGAAAGCAUUCCUGGAAUUAGAGAGACAGGCUGGAAACCAAGUGGAAAAGAGAAAAGUAAAGAGCCCAAAGAUCCUGACCAACUGUACAGCACACUCAAGAGCAUCCUCCAGCAGGUGAAGAGCCAUCAAAGCGCUUGGCCCUUCAUGGAACCUGUGAAGAGAACAGAAGCUCCCGGAUAUUAUGAAGUUAUAAGGUUCCCCAUGGAUCUGAAAACCAUGAGUGAACGCCUCAAGAAUAGGUACUACGUGUCUAAGAAAUUAUUCAUGGCAGACUUACAGCGAGUUUUUACCAAUUGCAAAGAGUACAACCCCCCUGAGAGUGAAUACUACAAAUGUGCCAAUAUCCUGGAGAAAUUCUUCUUCAGUAAAAUUAAGGAAGCUGGAUUAAUUGACAAGUGAUUUCUUUUCCCUCUGCUUCUUAGAAACUCAUUGAGCAGUGUGCCUAAAGCAAGGUGGUUUAGUUUUUUAAAGAAUUGGAUGAUGUGUUGAAGAGACUUGUAAAUGUAAUAAUUAGCACUUUUGAAAAACAAAA